GAUAUGAAGAGCAGGUUGAGACUAUUAAUGAAACGGACCAGAGAACGCUCUGCAGUGUGAGCUGAAGGACUGGAACGAGUAUCAUGGCUGCAAGGUUCUGUGGACUGCUCGCCCUUCUUACUGUGUGUCUCAGUGGACUGGACGCAUCGAGACCAGCUGUAAACCAGGAGCUGUCCAAUCUUUUCAAUGAGCUGUGGACGUUGGAUGUAAAUCGCCUGACGCCUGAUACCGACUACACGAUCUCUGUUCAGGGCAGAGCCAGCUUUGUCAGCCAAGGCAGCCAUGUUGUGCAGGAUCGCGCUUCACAGCCUCUGUUCUCCAACGUGAACGAGAGCAAACUCACGAACACAACCACCUACUCCCUGUUGAUGAAACUCCUGGACAACUAUGAGCGGUCCACAGGCGUGGCUGAACGAGUCACGGCAGAGGAGCAGGCCGAGAUUAAUCUCUUCCUGGAUGCCGUUUUAGAGACAGAAGUCAUGAAGAGGGCUCAUCAGUACCUGGUGAGCAAAUCGCAGUCCAGCGCUGACCUGAGGCGCUUCAAGAGUCAGCUGUUUUUGAUCUGGUUCCACCUCUACCACAGGAAGAGAAAUGCAGGCCUGGACUCUUGUGGAUUCGAGCAUGUGUUUGUUGGAGAGACAAAAUCUGGAACAGAAAUCAUCGGUUUUCACAACUGGAUCCAGUUCUACCUGCAAGAAAAAAGCAGGCACUUGGACUACAAAGGAUACAAGGCCAGGGACCAUGACUUGCCCGAUCAAGACGACCACGUUCUGAACCUCCAGUUCAGCUGGCACGGUUUGGUGAAGCCCGUUGGCAGCGCCUUCAUCGGGACAAGCCCUGAGUUUGAGAUGGCGCUCUUCACCAUCGUCUUCCUCACGAGCACAGAGAGGAGCACCACGGUGCUGGUCAACAUCGACCAGUGUCGGAUGGAGCUGGUGGUCAUCAGACACGGACGCUCCCUCGGGACGGCGUACCCAAAACUGCUCAGCAGCAACAGCAGACAUGUUCGGCAGCAGUACUCACACUGACGUGGAGUGUCUACUGACACAAAGUGAUGCUCACAUUAUAAGGUUCAUGCCCAACAAGCUGAGGCACACAUGUGGUUUAGUUGAGACGCCACAGACCUUCUUAGUAAAGGACAUAGAUGUGUAAACAUCUAUAAUUGUUUAUCAAGAUCUCUGUACACUUGAUUACUUUGUCAUACAUUUCAAUAAAAGUAAU